GCCGAGAUGCAAACUAACACAGCACGUUAUGCAGCGCAGAAAAAAGGAAUUAAUUGUAAAAUUUCCAGUACAACAUACCUCAUUGGAGGCAACACUCCAGUUAAAUACAGAAUGGAAACAAGGAUUCCUGGAUGUUCGCUGCCAGAAUUGUAUGCAUUUCUUGAGAAUUUUAAUAAGAAGAACAAGAAAUCUAAUAUCAGAAAAACUCACGAUAUUUCACUUAGUGAUGUGAAGAGAAUACUUAGUCAAAACCUGGAUGCCAUGUCAUUCAUAAGUGAGACUGGCGUGAGAAGAGAAGAUUCCCAACCUGUUUUUAUGUGCACAGUGGUUAAAAAAGAGGAGGGGAAGAAGCCAAAGUCAAUGACUGAGCUCCUACACUGCAGUUUAUUGACCAGCUCACUCAUUCCAGCAGAGAGACUCCUCAGAUCCCAAGAGAAGCUCUCUCAAAGAGGGAUCCCUCCUCCCAAAUACAAUUUUCCUUACGAUAUUCUCGUCGGUCAACACCCUGUUUCUUCAUCACUGACUGCUUUAGGGAGGAAAAUGCAGGCCAGCAAAACAAUCUGCAGGCUAGUCAUUACCAAGGCCUUCCCAGAAAAGUUUGUCUGUGAGGUUAAAGUUCCAAAAUACUUCUUAAUUAAUCCAGUCCGACCAGGACCUGCAGUACUAGAUUGAGUAGGACAUCCUUGUAUCAUUCUCAAACUCGGAGGAAAAGCUUUUCGUACUUCAUCAUCGCUUAAAUAUUUUCUGUAGGAUUUUUUUGUAUAUAUCCUUUAUCAUCUUACAUUAAGGAAGUUCCUUUCAAUUCCUAGUUCAUUAAACAUUUUUUUAAAUCAUGGUAGGUGCUGAAAAUUUUUAAACGGUUUUUCUGCACCAAUCAAAAUUAUAUUACCACUUGGUUUUAAUAUAUUACCCUGUUAAUGUUUCUCUAGAUUCUAUUUGCUUCUCUUUUAUUUAGAAGUUUGUGUCUAUAUUCCAAGAGUGAUUGACCAUAAUUUUCUUUUCUUGUAUGCCCUUGUCAUGCUUUGGUCUCAAAGUUAUGGUGGCCUUGUAAAACAAAUUGAAAAUCUUCUCUUUUUUCUAUUUUCAGGAAGAAUUUGUAUAAGAUUGAUGUUGUUCUUUCC